AUGCGUUCAACUUUGAGUGCUUCGUCAACUAGACUGAUUGGGAAUAAUUAUGCCUCUUAUCUUCCUUUAUUUCUUUCCAAGUUAGAUGUGUUCAAAGAUAAUCCCUUUUCUGAUUUGCGUUCACCGUUCUAUACAAGUCAAGGAUUAGAAGAUUCUUUUCAGUUGAUUGUUAAAUAUGACCUGCCAGAACAACAGUUCAAUGAUUGUGGAGUUUUUGCAUUCUCUUUUGCUGAAUAUAUUGUGCAUGGGAGAGAGCAAGAGCUUACAAAAGAAUUUGAUGUGAAUUCCCAUCGAAAGCGUUUGGCUUUUGGUCUUUAUAAGUAUGGAAAAUGGAAGAAUAUGUUUAAUGUUGUCAGUGAAUCAGAGAGUUAUCAGGACAAGGACCAAAAGGAUGGGAAUGUGAAAGCAAAAAGAUACAAGAUUCGAGCUGGAAAACUGAAACUGUAGUUGUUAUUUUGAAUGAACAAUGUUUUUUUAUGCUUUUUGUGUGUUUUAUUUUUUAGGUUUGUUUGAACACUGUUUUUUGUUUGAAUUAAUGAAGUAAACAAUGUUUUUUGUUUGAAUUAAUGAAGUAAUCUUUUACUUUAAUAUUCCUUUUUAUUCACACUUGCA